CCCGGAAUUGUCAUGUGGCUCACUGUAGGAGGUUGACAUAUGGCAGGCGAGAGAGACACUGCUCAUCACGGCUGUCUGUUGUUGGAUGCUCGCUCUUUUUGUGUCCUAUUGUCUGUCCGGUUCACUCUAUCAAGACCAGCCAAAACUUACACUUGAUUUCUCUUCUAAAAUCUCACUAUUGGAGCGUCACUGCGUCCGUUUUAGCCAAAAAAAACCCGUGCUCAUUUUGGUAUUAAAUGGUCCGGAGGUCGACUGUGUUAACCGGAGUGACGGCCGAGCUGAGAGCGACAUGAACCCGCCGAGGAGCAGCAGCAGCCGGGGGAGGAGGACGUGAAGGACCGCUGACACUUCCACUCCGGUCGCCGCCUCGAAGGAUAUUGUCGCCUGGUGUCCGCGACUUAAUCUUGCCGCACAUUUGCACCUGUGUUCCCGUUAUUAUGGAAAAAUGAAGAAUGCACCACGCCAGUUGAUAAAUCAAAUUCCUGAGGCAAGCGUCCAUCUUUUGCUGCUGCUCAGCCCCAGGGGCCACCCUCCACUUCCACAGGCUCAUCUGUGAGCACCUCUACCUGGGCAGCCAGACUCCCAAGAACGCCUUGCAGAAGGGAAGGAAAGGAUUGGAUUCGGAGGAUUGUUAUUCUGGGGACAGGCGGAGGACGACAUGGGGUGCUGCAGUGGCAGGUGCACCUUGGCCUUCAUCUGUGGCAUGCAGCUGGUCAGCAUCUUGGAGCGUCAGAUCGUUGACUUCCUGGGUUACCAGUGGGCUCCCAUUCUGACCAACUUCCUGCACAUCAUCAUGGUCAUAUUGGGCCUGUUUGGCACCAUCCAGUUCCGACCGCGAUACGUCACUGGGUACGCCGCCUGGCUGGUCGUGUGGAUGACCUGGAAUGUUUUCAUCAUCUGUUUUUACCUGGAGGUUGGAGAUCUGUCCAAGGACUCAGACCUGGUCCUGACGUUCAACCUGUCCAUGCAUCGGUCCUGGUGGAUGGAGAACGGGCCCGGGUGCAGGGUGACCCCCGUCACCCCUCCUCCCUCCUGGGCUCCCGAGGACCACCGCUACAUAUCGAUAUCGGGCUGCCUGAUGGAUUUUCAGUUUGUGGAGGUGGCUCACUCCUCGCUGCAGAUCUUGCUGGCUUUGGUGGGGUUCAUCUAUGCCUGCUACGUGGUCAAGAUCAUCUCGGAGGAAGAGGACAGCUUUGACUUUAUAGGCGGCUUCGACUCGUACGGAUACCAAGGACCUCAGAAGACCUCCCACCUCCAACUACAACCCAUGUACAUGUCCAAAUAAAAGACCAGGAACUUCUUUAGAAGAGCUGCCUUACUGCUUUGUUUUGUGUUUGUUUGUUUCUACUCUAAAAGUAUUUUUGAGGAAGGAAACAAGAGGACACUGAGUCCUUCCAGUGUUUCUCUGAUGAAGUAAGAGUGACUUCUGGUGGUGGGAGUCACUUACUGCAUUAGCGGCUAUAAAAACAUUUUUGAGCACCUUCAUGGCCAACUUCUGGAACUUUCCCUUGCUCUUUAGUGCCUGGUGAGACUUCCUGACAACAACAACAACCAAACAAGGAAUGUCUGACAUCUUUUUUUUCUACUUCCUCAAAAGUUUGGAUUGUGGAUGUUAGCAAAGCAUCACAGACAUUUUAAAAAGACACAAAGCGACGUCCAAACGUGCUAAAACGAAUUCAUGUUUACAUCUUUGACAAGACUUUUUUAAUCAAAGAACUUUUUGUGCUUUUUCAGACCUCGGUUGUCUGAAUAAUUUGUCUUCCAGCCACAAGAGGCGGGCAGGAAGAAGACGAGGGAGAGGUCAGGCAGCCUUUUUUUCUUUCUUUUUUUUGCUUGUUUGCCAGUAGCAUUCAUCCCUAACUAAGAAAUGUCCCAAAGUUGACGUGUUGGCGCGACACAAAUGACAAUCACAGUCAGGGCGGCCUCCAUUUGUAACUCAUUUAAGGUCAAAAAACAAUGUUUAAUUCUUAAAGAGACACACACGUCCAGGUUUUCCUUGGUAAAUCCUCCGUGACUCAAAUUGUCAGAUGUGCGUUAUUGUGUGCAGAAUUCUCACAAAAUGUAAACUAUCCAACCACUCCAGACUAAAAUUGGUAUGUUGUAUUACUCACAACAAUGUGGGGAAAAACACAGCAAAAAACAUGUUUUUUGUGAACAAACAUUUGUAACCGCUACAAAUAACAAAUCCCAAAACGUACAAACAUUUAAUUUGACGUAGAUAUAGACAAAAAUAAUAGGAUAGCCGUAUGUCUAAUCAUUUUUUUUAGUGUGACCUUGUGAUCAAAUCAUAAUACAAUGUCUUCACGUCUUUAAAACAUCUUUACCUGCCCUUUAAACAAAUUCAAGCGAGCAACAAGCAGAACGCUAAUAAGUUCACUUCAUCGCCUCUUAGUGACCACCAAGAAUAUUGCGUGAGUUUUGUAUCAUGGCUUACGUCGCUUCUUUUACGUCCAGUUGACUGCUGACGUCACAGCCUGGAAGUGUGAGACGCUUUUGUUUUGUUUUGGUGCUUUGUUGAGAAGGGUAUAGCUGCGAGGGUGACGACAACAGAAGUGGACCGUGUUUUAAAGACAGGAGACUUGAUUUGUAACGUGAACCAAGAUGGCUCACGCAACGCACCAUUGGUUGUUAUUAUUUUGGUUGCUGAUUACCGUAUUUUUCGGACUAUAAGUCGCAGUUUUUUUCAUAGUUUGGCCGGGGGUGCGACUUAUACUCUGGAGCGACUUAUGUGUGAAAUUAUUAACACAUUACCGUACCAAAUAAUAUUAUUUAGCUCAUUCACGUAAGAGACUAGACGUAUAAUAUUUCAUCGGAUUUAACGAUUAGGAGUGACAGAUUGUUUGGUAAACGUAUAGCAUGUUCUAUAUAUUAUCCCCCAAAAAUUCGACUUAUACUCCAGUGCGACUUAUACAUGUUUUUUUCCUUCUUUAUUAUGCAUUUUCAGCCAGUGCGACUUAUACUCCGGUGCGACUUAUACUCCAAAAAUACGGUAUUUACAACUCUAACCCUAACCACAACCCAAACCUCUCUGUAACCUUAACUUAUGUUCAGUAGUCAUUUUUGUUCAUUUCUGUGUUAGGUAUUGUCUCUCCAGCUUCUUCUUUAAGUGGGCGCAACCUAGAGUAGUUCUGUGCGGCCGCAGCUUGGUUUAAUUGGCUUUGUUUGGCCUAAAUUGAAAAAAUGGUUGAUUUACUUCAGAAGACAUUUUGUCACUGCAAGAUUUACUGAGCUGCCUGAUCGGCUUGUGCAUGAGCCAAAAGUCAGCAACUUUUCUUCCUCACUCUACAAAGUUUUUCCAAAUUAAAGUUGUCCCUCAUUUAUAUGUUCAUAGUUAGAGCAUAAAAGCACUGUUUAUGACCUUCUAAAUAUUGUUUUAAACAUAAUUAGACUCAUUUAAACAUGAAAUAAGACCCAUAUAGUCACCUUUACACCCGUUUCAUCCAAAAGGGUGUUCUGCUGUAGAUUACAGUCCUCACCAGUAGCCUGAAGAAUCCUCCAAGCGUCAUUGCUAUGGUUGUCACCCGGCCAC